AUGGCGGAGGAUAGGAAAGACGAAGCCAAGGCACCACACUGGACUUCAGGUCAGCUAACAGAGGCUUCUUCACACCCACAUUCACCUGAAAUUAAGGAACAGGGUGGCGCAGGUGCUGGACUGGUCAGAAGUGCCAAUGGAUUUCCCUACCAAGAGGAUGAGGAGCCAGGGCUGGGCGGCCACGAGCAGCCAGGGACGUACGCUCCGACCAAAGAGAAUGGGAUCAACGGAGAGCUGUCGGCAGGGGACAGAGAGACCGCAGAAGAAGUGUCUGCGAGGAUAGUACAAGUAGUAACAGCUGAAGCUGUAGCAGUCGUGAAAGGCGAACAGGAAAAAGAAGCCCAGCACAAAGAUCAGCCUGGACCACUACCUUUAGCAGUCGAAGAGUCAGCUAACCUGCCUCCUUCCCCACCUCCGUCGCCAGCUUCCGAGCAGACUGGAGCUCUGGAGGAAGCAGCAGGUGGUGAAACAAACCAGGCUCCUGGUGUAUUUAAACAAGCAAAGGAAAAACUCUCAACUGCCUCUUUGUCAAAGAUUCCUGCCUCAAAGUCUAGAGCAAAGUCAUUGCUUCCUCCAAGACCCAGCUCAGCUUGCUCAUUAACUACUAAAAGGGCCACUUUUCUCGAUACAGACAGUUAUUAUGUACGGCCUUCCUCAGCAGGCCCAAGAGACUGCUUGCCCUACUCAAAAUCAGAUGCUAAGGAUGGAGUAAGCAAGAGUCCCGAAAAGCGUUCCUCUCUACCAAGACCUUCCUCUAUCCUUCCUCCUCGAAGAGGUGUAUCAGGAGACCGAGACAGAGAGGAGAACUCUCUCUCCCUCACAGCUUCCCUUUCCUCUUCAGUACGACGGACCACCCGAUCAGAGCCAAUUCGUAGCAGAACAGGAAAAAGUGGAACUUCUACCCCCACUACUCCUGGCUCCACUGCCAUCACUCCAGGGACACCACCAAGCUAUGCCUCCCGUACACCAGGCACUCCAGGGACCCCCAGCUACUCCAGAACCCCACACACUCCUGGGACCCCCAAAUCUGCCAUACUGGUACCUACUGAGAAAAAAGUUGCCAUAAUUCGCACUCCUCCUAAAUCUCCAGCCACUCCGAAGCAGCUACGAGUUAUUAAUCAGCCUCUACCUGAUCUCAAGAACGUCAGGUCCAAAAUUGGAUCAACAGAUAACAUCAAAUACCAGCCCAAAGGGGGGCAGGUUAGGAUUUUAAACAAGAAGAUCGAUUUUAGCGAUAUUCAGUCCCGGUGUGGUUCCAGAGAUAACAUCAGACAUUCUGCAGGGGGAGGAAAUGUACAAAUUGUAACCAAGAAGAUCGACUUGAGUCAUGUGACUUCCAAGUGUGGCUCGCUCAAGAAUAUCCACCACAAGCCAGGAGGUGGGCGUGUGAAAAUUGAGAGCGUGAAACUGGAUUUCAAAGAAAAAGCUCAGGCUAAAGUUGGUUCACUGGAAAAUGCCCACCACGUACCUGGCGGUGGUAACGUCAAGAUUGACAGCCAGAAGCUAAACUUCAGAGAGCACGCUAAAGCCCGUGUCGAUCAUGGGGCUGAAAUCAUCACGCAGUCACCAGGCAGGUCCAGCGUGGCUUCGCCACGCAGACUCAGCAAUGUCUCGUCCUCUGGAAGCAUCAACCUGCUUGAAUCGCCCCAGCUUGCUACCCUUGCUGAAGAUGUCACAGCAGCCCUCGCUAAGCAGGGCUUAUGA